CAGGAAAACACCAUUUCUUUAUAGCCUAUUUUGUUGUAAAGCUUGAAUGCCAGGUGGCUUUCAAUCUGUAACAUAGCAAAAAUGCUAGCGGGCUUUCCCGGUCCACCAGCGUAUGGUGCUCCACCACCUGGACCACCAGCGCCAAUAGGUCAACCAAACUCCCAGCAUGGAUCAGGUGGCUAUGGCCCAGCAGGAUACAGACCUCCCGGACCGCCUCCACAUAAGCCUCCUGGCCACCACAGUUCUCAGCAGCAGCACCAUACAAGUCAUAAAAAGCCGGAUGUUCCUUCUGGCUUUCGGUCGAUGCCACCUGGUAGCAAAGCAGGGGCAGGGACUUCUCAUCCACAGCACCGGAGCCAGCAGCAGCAACAACCCACGCAUCAUGCCAGCAGCAGCGUCAUUCCUAUGGCCGUCGAAAAUCGGCUACGGAGGGACACUCCUUUCCUAGCGCAUAUUAGGUUCAGGAACGACCUGCCGGAGAUCCCCUCAGACCCCAAAAUGCUUGUAUCGCAAAUCCAGCCAGAGGUGCUAUCGCGCUUCGCACUUACAGCACUGGAACGUCAGGCCCGGAGAGAUCUGCUAACUCCUCCAAACAUCACAGUAUCCCCGCUAGACGUACAGCGGUACCAAGUUCCAGACCAGCCCGGGCCGCAAGACCCGGCCGAUGCAGCCCUCCUUAAGGACGAUGCGCGGCCGCUCGGAGUGGGCGGCAGCCAGAUGCCCGCCGGCGACGGCCGCAACAAGCAGUUCUCCGCGCGCACCAAAGGCAUGGACGUGGACAAGUGCUCCUGGCUCAUGCGCACCACCUACAUCUCCAGUUCGGACAACCGCGGAGUGCAGCGGCAGGGCUUGCCAGAGAAGCAGGUGCUGCAGGCACGCGCCGCAGAACGCCGUGGCGCCAACGCAGCCGACGACCGGGAGCUCAACGACGUGGCCGCGCAAGUGCGCGCCAUCGAAGCCUCCUUCGAUGCCGCCCGCGCGCCGCCCGUGCACAGCCGCAACCCCGCUCUCAAGCCCGUGGAGGUGCUGCCGGUGCUGCCCGACAUGGACGCCUGGCCGCAGAAGCUGCUGCUCACCACCUUCCACGACUCCGACCCGGCGGAGGAGCUGGCGGCGGUGGUGGGCCCGGAGGCCAUGUCGGCGCUGCCGCCCGCCAAGCGGCCGCAGCUGCUGGUGGGUCACUACCUGCUGAAGGGCUUCACGCACCAGAUCACCAAGGCGGGUCAGGAGCGCGAGCUGAAGAUCAUGGCGCUGCUGGUGCGGGAGGACCUGGAUCUCAUGAUCGAGCGCACGGCGCAGCAGGCGGCAGCGACGCAGGCGGGCGAGGCGCAGGGUGCGGGGCUGGCUGCGGAGGACCUGGAGGGGGAGUACCAGUGGAUCAAGGACUACAACUACGAGUACAAGCGAGACAGCGUGCACUACUCCAUCCGCCUGGAGAAGGGCAGCGCGCGGUUCUACCGCAUGCAGGGCAAGUUGGAGCUGCGCAGCUGGCGGGACGAGGAGAAGCUGGCUCGCGAUCGCAGCAAGCGGGGGCGCGGCGGCAGCGAGGAGCCGGCGGAGGAGGACGCGGACGGGUCGGACCAGGUGCAGCGGCCCUCCAAGAUCCGCGUCACCACCCGCGACCUCACGGACCGGGAGCUGCAGGAGCGGGAGGCCAGGCAGCGGGAGCUGCUGCCCGUGGCGGAGUGAGGGAGGGCGGAGCUGGGUGGGGCCGAGGGGAGCAUCGGGAGUCAGGUAUAGGCCAGCCAUGGGAAACCGGAAGUUAGGACACAGCAAUUGGGAUAGGUGGCGGCAUGGUGCCGCAAAAGCAGCAUUGGGAUGGGGGCGGGAGCGGGGCACAUGCGUGCAAGGGGGCGUGCUGAGGUAAGGGCUUGCGUCGUUAGAGGUCGAGGAGGCUGAUGCAACGGCAAUGCGGCAACAGACAGUGGAUGUGUACAUAGUGAACCACGCCGUUAAGGGAUUUGCUAGGGGAGUAAUUGGAGUUGUGAGGGCCAACGGUCUAAUGCCCGUAUUGAAACCACCGUCCUGGCAGCGGGCACGUAGGUAGCGUUGGGAACGGGUGCAUGUCUCUUUCCAAUGAUCGCAAUUCAUCAUGUACCUGGGGCGUUGUAGGGUUUAUAAACAUCUGAUAGCAAUGCGCGGCAGUGCCAUGCGUCGGGAACGGUUUGUAUGCUGACACGGUUGCAGCUCCGGCGUGUUGGGAUUUGGCGCAUCAUGCCGGAAUGCGGAUGCUGCGCAUGAACGGGUAUCUUCUGCACUGUUCGGUUGUAUCAGACGGGCAUGCAGCAAUCCAGGCUGCCGUCUUCAGGGUAGGAUGGUAGUUACAGUGCGCGGCGUCUGUGUAGCUGUCGGUUAGCGGUUGCAGCGACAUCGUGUAGCUGUUGGUUGGUGGUUGCAGUGAGGGUAGGAUUUCGGAGUAUGCGUGUUGUCCUUCGCAUGGUACCAGCCAUGCUCUGAAUGCAAGUGUGUUGACCCUUGGGACCCUUGGGGCCGACUGCUGUUCCCACCGGCGAUCGUACUACAUGGAUCUCACGCUCGCCUUUUUCAUUCCAAGCCGUUAUCAAGUGCUUCAGGGGUUCCAGCGAGUGUAAGCAACUGGGGGCACGGAUGGCAUGAGCACAUGGCAAAGCCUUGCCAGAUAAUGCAGAUGAAACACUUUUCUUUGCCUGUUUCUGGGACUUGAUGUAAACGGCAAUGUUAAUCACCGGCUGGCUGUUCGUCUCUCCGCUGCAGUCGCCGUUCGUGAAGUCCGUACAGCAGCUGAGCCGUGUUUGCGCGUUGGCAGGGUGUUGGCUGCAAGUAUGGUCAAUUGUUGCAGGCCCGUUUGGUGUAUUUAGGAUAUUAUUAAGGAAUUGUCCGCGGAUUCGACAGACGCCACUCGCCGUUUUGCAAUAGCAACUUCCUGACGGCGUUGGGCCGGAGCUUUCCCGCAUAGGAGGAGCCAAUCUGGAAAUAACACGACGUGGGAGCCUACUUCUGCCCUCCCGCCGUCAAACGUGAGAGUAAUCAGCCAGCGGGAUGCAAUCGUAUAAGCUGCUUGGCCCUUCGGGGACCAAUACGGCUCCUUGUGGCCGAGCAUUCGCGCCUGUGCAUCAACACUUGCGGCCGGCGCGGACACUCGUCAGCGGACGUGUUGCACGCUCCUCGACAAAGAACUCGGACGGGGCUCCUCUCCAACCACAAAAGGCAGUACAUGAUGCGCCUCCAUCAAAGCCACAAGCCGCAGUUAAACCAGCUGAAACCCUUAACUUGGCGUUCGAGUCGGACAAGAAGCUCCUAGCGCCCGACGGCAAGCCCCUGGAGCACCCCAUUAAGACAACCGGCCUGCACCGUGCCCCCCUGUCCGGCGGCGUGAAGACGGCGACUACCCGAUACGAGCUGCCCAGCCCCCCGGUUGCCGUACGCAACCUGGUGGAGCACGCGCGCUUCGGCCACCUGUGCACCAUGAU